AUGGGCAUGGCCAGCUUUGCGGUAGCUCUUGUGGUGAUAAUGGUGAUAAUCUCUCCUAAUGUCUAUGGAAAGGAGUACUCCGAUCAACAGAAGAUCAACGUACAAAAACUUUUGAAACGACUCAACAAACCUCCUAUUAAAUCUAUUAAGAGUGAAGAUGGAGAUAUAAUAGACUGUAUCCCAAUAACUAGUCAACCAGCUUUUGAUCAUCCUCUGCUUAUAAACCACACCAUCCAGAUGAAACCAAGUUUUAUCCCGAAAAGGGAUUCUACGUACAUCAAGAAAGAGGCAAAGGCUUUAACUCAGACGUGGCACAAGAAUGGAGAGUGUCCGGAAAACACUGUUCCUAUAAGAAGACUAAAGAAAGAAGAUAUCUUACGAGGAAAAUCCAUUGAUGAUUUCGGAAAAAAGACUCAUCAAAGCACCCCUGGAGGCCAUGAGUAUGCGAUCAUGGAUUCGAGAAACGGAAAUUUUUACGGGACACAAUUUGUAAUGAACAUUUGGAGACCAGAAGUUGAAGUUCCCAAUGAGUUCAGCUUGGCUCAGACUAGGCUUUGGUCUGGAGGUGGCUCUAAUCUUAACACAAUUGAAGCUGGUGUGCAGGUUUAUCCAGCAAAAUAUGGUGACUAUAAUCUUAGAUUAUUUGUUUACUGGACGAGGGAUACAUACCAAACCACAGGAUGCUACAACAAUGACUGCCCAGGUUUUGUUCAGAGGAGCAGGCUGAUAACUGUUGGCGGAUCCUUCUCUCACGUCACACAAUACGACGGUGCUCAGUACGGCCUCCCUAUGCUUAUAUGGAAGGAUAGUGGAAACUGGUGGCUAAUGAUCGGUGAAGAGCUUGUGGGAUACUGGCCUGGCUCGUUGUUUACUUCCUUACGUGAUAGAGCUGUGAGAGUCCAAUGGGGAGGUGAGAUUGUAAACCAAAUGAGCGGUGGGAGACACACGAACACGGAUAUGGGAAGUGGGCAUUUCGCAGACGAAUGGUAUAAGAAAGCGAGCUAUUGA